UACUUUCUUUCACUCUCUCAUCACACUUGUAGUUCCUCCACCUUACACAGUCAGUCUAUCUCUCCCUCUCUCCUCCUCGCUUUAAAUUUUCUCCCCCUCGCUCACUCACUUUCUUUCACUCUCUCAUCACACCUUUAGUUCCUCCUCCUCCUCACUCCCUUCCUCGCGACUAUCAUGUCUGCCAACCACAUGAGGUUUAUAGCAAGGACCGUCCUUGUCAAGGACAACCAACUCGAUGUUGCUUACCGGACACUGGACAGAAUCCUGCGAGUGGACAAAGUAUUAGAACUUCACCGCCAACGAAUGUACUACGAGAAACCAUUUCAAAAGAGGCGCCGGCUUAGCUAUGAGAGGUGUAAGAGGAUCUACGACAACAGUAUGAACCAGAAAAUUGAGUUCCUAAUGAGAAAGAACCGACCUGACCCUUGGCUUCGAUAAACAAGGAUAUGCUUCUGUGUGAGCCUGAGGGCCCUGCCCCCACAGGCAGAGAAGCUGGACUUUUGUGUGUCUAUGUGUUUGUUGUUUUUUAGCCCCGAGUCAGCCCUGGACUCAGCAGAACUUACAAUCAAGAAUGGUCCAGGAGGUUCCAUCAAUGACCAUCCCAUCUAUUUGUUUGUCGUUACAGUUGUUGUUGUUGUUUCUUUUUAGCCCCAGGUCUGCCCUAAACCCAACAGAACUUACGAUCAGAAGUGGUCCAGGACGUUCCAUCAAUGACCAUCCUGUCUAUCUCUUUGGGAUAUCCCAUGACUGUAUAGAUGAUUGUGUUGUUGUUUAGCCCUAGGCCAGCCUUGAUCA